UUUUUAAAAUAUCACGUAGUUAGCAUAUAAAGCUGCAUACAGUCGGUUGGAUGAAAAUUAAAAUUGAAAUAAGUAUAUACAUAUACAUACCAUGAAAUUAUCUUUACCGUUGGGUAAGAACCAAUAAAUAAUAAAAGUGUGCUCACAUAAUUAAGUCAUUUUGUUUUAAAAAGCACUAAUUUUGAAUUUUAAAUUUUAAAUUUUGAAUGGAACAAAAUCAAAUAGGGGGCUUCGAGUUACUCUAUAAAAUCUACGAAACCACAAUUAAAAAUAAAGCGGAUAUAGUAAUACUACUAACACAUUACACACUAUCCAUGCAAUGUGGCAUGCAUUGCAUUGGGCUUGAUGGUGCGCACUGCUCUAAACCUACUAAAUAUAGCGAAGGGCAACAUUCUGCAUUGUUACCAGUUGGUUGGAAUAAAAAUAACGGUGUCUAUAAACUGUAUUAUUAUCUGAAUGAGGAAUUGUAUAAAUUGACAGCCAAUUCGAGUAGUAAAGGUUCUUUAAAUAUAAGAUUAACCAAUCCAAGCAACGGUAACACUUCUACAUUCGAAAUUUUGCUUGAGAAAUUAAUCAGCCGAAAACAACGUGGAACAACACCCGUAAAAGUUUUUAUACCCAAAGCGGAAUAUAUGGUUGAAAGUCUAAAAGCAAAUCUUGUCAAACCGGUAUUGGGUUGGAGAAGACAAACGAUAAUAAACACGGAAUCGAAUGGUUAUCUUAUGGCGAAUCCUUCAACGCCUAGGUUUAGACCAUAUACAAGAAAAAACCAAAUACAGUACAAAACAAUGGCGAGCUCUAUAAAUAUAUCGUUACUAUGGGAGCUCUUUGAUAUCUUACAUGCGAAAAAUAUGCGUAAUUUUGAAGACGUGUUGGUCAGCUAUACGCAUCUCAACUUGACCGCUCUUAACGCGUUUGAAUGCCUGGGUGUGGGUGAAGAUAAAACAAUAGCUAGCGAUGAAGAGGGUUUUGAAGACUUACCCGACCGUUGGAAUCUUCAUGGCAUUCGUUAUGCACUGCGCUAUCGCAAACAUGGUCAAUUGUAUAUAUUAUUAGCUCAAAAGAGUCGAGAUCUUUUGGUAAUAAAUUUAUUCAAUGUACAACAACUGAAAGUGUCAAAUAUUGCGCUAAAUGCGAAAGAGUGCGUUAAACAGCUCAAUGGUGCGCUGCGUGAUGUAUUAUCGGAUGCAGAAAUCAUUCAGCGGCGUAUUGAGGACGAGCUGAUUAAGCCCGUACUUCUAAUCACAAAAAUUGAUUCGAGUCAACAAACGGAUUUUGUGGAGAUACAUCCAACAUCCCAUAUGUCACCUGAAUAUAGGUACACAAUGUCAAUGCCAGAAUCAAUCUAUUUAGGAAGCAGUUUAGCUGAGCAACGUUUACACUUUCGAAAACGAGCAUUUCCCGUACAGCAUCAAGCCCGUACAGCGGCACUAGAUUACUCGAGCUAUAAUUGGUUUAAUUAUUGAAGGAAGUUGAGCUGUGGUCUAGAGUACUAUCAUGACGCUGUUAAACCAAUUCAGGAAUGUCCGGAUUAGUUUAAGAUAAAGUAAUGGAUUUUCACAAUUCUAUUGUUUAAAACAAGCUGAUUUCAAAUACCUCUUACCGGGGGUCGGGGAAAUAUUUGAAACACAAGCUUGAGUGAGAACUAUUUCAUUCUGAUUUUAUUUGGUUUUUAACUUAUUCAUAUACAAAUUUUAGAAUUAUCUUAACUAUCUAAAUAUAUAUGUUAGUGAGUGUGUUUGUAUGUAUACUGCAUAUUGAUAUUGAUUAUGCUUAUUCAAUUGCCUAAAUGUAUUUUUAGAACCAGUAGGUUAUCUUGUGCAUAAAUAUAAAUAAGAAAGUCUUGUUAAA